AUGGCGGCGCCCGUAGCCGUGGCGGCGGCGCGGGCAGUGCGCUGGGCCGCGAGGGCCGCCUCGGCGGGCCCGCUGCUGUCGGGCCCAGCCCGCCUCCUGGAGAGCUGCGCCCCGCGGGCCGCUGUGCUCCCCGCCCGAUGGAGCGGGAGCCGCUCCGCCCUGGGCAGCAUCCUGGGCAUCCCCCCCGAGAAGCCGGCUGGCACCCUGGGCCAGUACCCGCCGCCCGUUGCCACCAGCAAAGAGGAACAAGACCGCCUGUUACGGGAUCAGCCUGACCAGCCCCAGAACCCCAAGGUUUUAAGAAUUGCCAUCAUCGGAGCACCCAACGCUGGGAAGUCCACGCUCUCUAACCAGCUCUUGGGUAGAAAGGUUUUCCCUGUCUCUAAGAAAGUGCACACAACCCGAUGCAAAGCCCGGGGUGUUGUCACCUAUGAGGACACACAACUGAUCAUUCUGGACACACCUGGCCUCACUAGUCCCUUUAAAGCCAAAAGACAUAAAUUAGAUGAAGCGAUGCUGACAGACCCGUGGGACAGCAUGAAACAUGCGGAUUUAGUUCUGGUUUUGGUGGAUGUGUCGGAUCACUGGACACGAAACUGUCUGAGCGAGGAGGUGCUGAAAUGUCUUUCUCAGUUUCCUCAGAUCCCCAGUGUCUUGGUUCUGAACAAGGUGGAUCUUCUAAAGAAUAAGUUCAUCCUGCUGGAACUAGUAACUGAGCUAACAGAGGGAAUUGUAAAUGGAAAGAAACUGGAAGUGAGAUCUGCAUUUAAAGAUAAUUCCACUUCUUCAGCAAAGUCUCCUCUUCAAAUCACUCCGGCUUCUCCACCUGAGAAUAGGGCCGAUGAGCCUCACUGUCUGCAGGAAAGAGAUCAAGCCCAAGAAGGCUCCAGCUUGGACAACAGCGGUGACAUGAGGGAUUCUGAGUCCAGUCUUGUCACAAAAGAAGAACAAGGGCCAAAGCACUGUGGACCCAGAGAUCUAAAAAAUAUGAAAGGCUGGCCGUGCUUUCAAGAGAUCUUCAUGCUGGCGGCUCUCCGUGGGGAGGAGGUGGAUACGCUCAAGCGGUACCUCCUGAUGCAAGCCAAGCCAGGCCCUUGGGAGUUUCACAGCGGGGUCUUGACCAGCCAGUCCCCUCAAGAGAUCUGUGAUAAUAUCAUCAGGGAGAAGAUACUGGAGUACCUGCCACUGGAAGUGCCCUACGGCGUGAUUCAGGUGACGGAGAUGUGGGAGGAAGGACCGAGUGGGGACCUCCUCAUCGUGCAGAAGCUCUUGGUCCCAAGGAAGUCUCAUAUGACGAUGUUGAUUGGAAGAGGAGGUAAGGUUAUCAGCAGGAUUGCUCAGGAGGCUGGCCAGGACCUGAUGAACGUUUUCCUGUGUGAUGUCCGCUUGAAGCUCAAGGUGGAGGUGAAGAGCUGAGCUCUCUGAGUAUGUUUUUACACCCCUUGAGCUUUCUGGUCAUGCGGAGAAGCCGGUCCCGUUUUCCCCUGUGGGGAUCUUGGCCCUUUUGUUCAAUCCAGAAACAGAGGAUGAUGGAAUCAACAUAGCGGGCUGAAGCAGACUAUAUUAUUCUUUGGGGGAAUGGCCCAAACUGAAAUAAAAUCUUCAGACCUUCUACUGCACCUUGUCUUGUGGAAGCUAGGAACAGACAUCGGAGAACCAGCUGCACCUGCGAUUCUAGCAUUGCGUUUACAGAGCUGUCAUCCACUUCUUCUGGGCUGCGUCCUGCAUCCCUGCUGUCAAGUGUUUGUGCCUGGAAGUUCAGGACUAUCUCCUGUCUUUUCGCGGACAAAGGGUUGCAGUGAAGGAUUAUCGGCACACGUUUAUCAUCUCUUCCGAAGGCGGAAUGACCAGCAAUGGUCAUGCAGGGGGAAGAGGCUGGCCACGCCGUGGUCUCAUGUCAGCUUUGCUCCCUGCCCUGUUGAAGUUCAUGGGUGUGAGUGUGUGACCGUGUAGGGGGUCAGUAUUGCCCGGGCAGCCUGAGUGGGCUGUUUUUUUUUUUCUGCUAGCCAGCAAACUGGCUAGCAGAAACACGCCAUAAUGACUGGGUGUGACAGAGGGAGCUCUUAAACUCUCUGUAGAUCGUAAGAGCCAGUGGUUUCCAACUCCUGUGUGGGAGCCCUGCCCGCAGGCUUCUGUGCACCAUCCUCUUAGCUGACUGCCAGCUGCUGCUUUCAUUUCGACCUCUUCUGUGCAGUAGUUUGUAAAAAUGCUGUUCCUUCUCUUUCCCCCAUCAUCCUUUCCUCCAACAUCCUCAGCAGUUCGCUGCUCCUGGCACAUGGUACUCACUCCAGAGGGAUGGGAGUGGUCACAGACUCUUCUGAGUGGAUUGCUGGAGAAGCAGAGAAAUGGAACUGUGAUCCGUUCUUGGUGUGUAUAGGAGCUGCUUCCCUGAUGGCCGGUGGGAGGAGCAGGGAGGUCAGGGAAUGGCUCGCUGGGCUUGUGAGCAUUUGCUGGAGCAUAUUAAUCAGAAAGGGAAACAGAGCAGGGAGUAGGUGUCUUUCUGCCUCUCCUCCUCUGGUUUCUGGUGCCCAGUGUGGUUCUGCGUGUCCACCCCUUUGGAUGUUUGGCUAAUGAAUGAAUGUUGAGUGGUUUGGUCUGAAGAUGCCACUAGCAGUAUCUCAUAGAUACUUCUUCAGAAUGGCUUGUUUGUUGUGCAAAACCAGACUGGACCCCCUUUCUUUGGAAUUUGAAGAGUUUAUUGCAUCAAAGUUACUUCAAAGUCAUUACUCUUUGCACCAGGGCCACAGAUACAACUGUAGAGGCUGUCACAGCUGAAGAAAAGCCCAGAGCAGGAACAGCAGCAGAUUCUGCAGCUCAGGUUUAAUGGGGUGUUGGGGCUGAAGAGCAGCUGGCACAGGUCAGGGUGCGAGCAAGGCUUGGAGGGCUGGGGCACCGCCUGCCGCUCUGCGGAGCCCUUGGCAUGGAGCGCGGUGGCACUGAAUGAUGGAGCCUGGCACCGCGUGUGCCCUGCCCUCCCUGACGGCCCGCACGUGGGCCUGGUGUCUGGGGGCUUGAGUUUUGUCUCUGUACGCCGCUGUGCUCAGGUGUUUGGAGCACUGGGUAGCUUCCUGCCAGAAAUCCAGGUAAAUCCCUGUGUGCUGUUAUAAAUUAACAUCCCUGAGCGUGAAGGCCCCGGGCUGCUGCCCCGAUGGUUAAGCGAAGACUAUCUGGUGGGGUCUGCUGGGGACUCCGCUCCUGCCUGGAGCCCAAAUCUGUUGAGCAAAUCCUCUGCCUACCGUCCCUCUCCGGUGCAACCUCAAGGAGAUUCUUUACCAGCACUGGCAAAAGCCUGCGUCUGAGCCGCUGAAGGAUAUGACAGUCAGGAAUGCAAGAUCACCUGAAAGCCGGGUUGAGAAGCCUCUGGAGCAGUGCGUGCUGGCCCACCUUGUUUCCCCCGCGCAGGGGAUGCUGCGGUCCCUCGAAUGCUUCUCUCUGACUUUUAUAUUUUCCUUGCA